UUGUGAACGGGGGCACAGACUGAAAUUGCCUAAAAAUGAGUUCUGUCUCUGAUUUCCCCCCUCCCCCAUUGUCCCAAAUGAAGGACUCUCAUGAGAGUGUGGGUUGGGGGUAGGUCUGAAAACGUCAAAUGAUUGGCACCAAUUGUAAGAUGACUUUCUAACCACGUCAGUUUUUUAUCUUGUGAGAAGUAAACUUUCUCAUGUCUGUUUUUCUGCGAGCUCACUUCGCCACUUGCUGCGAUUUCAACUCUUUGGGGAGAGUUUUGCUCCUUUUCUUCUCAUCGGGUGUUUUCUCGUCACCCGUUUGGGGAGCUGUGCUCGAGUGCCAGCUGAUGGCUUUUGUAAUGCUCGUCCUUGCUCAGAUCACUUUAACAUCCCGGCUAGAUGAAGCAAAGGAGAUAGAGCCCUUCAGUUGUUUGACUGCUUGGAAUGGAAGGGGAGCAGCCAACAGGGACCGUGCCAGGCAAGAGCACCAAAACCUCCAAUGCAGCCCGUGGGAAGGGCAGGGAGCCCUUGGAGGAGUCCUCCAUGGACAUGGAAGUGGAAAACGAAGGCACCAGGGACCCUGACAAAGAACCUCCCCAAGCAGCCUCAGAUGAGGUGGUGGAUAAUCGCAGUUUAGAAGAGAUUUUGGGUAGCAUCCCUCCUCCCCCACCUCCAGCAAUGACCAGUGAACCUGGUGCUCCUCGCCUCAUGAUCUCUCACAUUGUAAACCAGAACUUCAAAUCCUAUGCGGGGGAGAAAACUCUGGGACCUUUUCACAAGCGUUUCUCGUGUAUUAUCGGGCCAAAUGGCAGUGGCAAAUCCAAUAUCAUUGACUCCCUGCUUUUUGUGUUUGGCUAUCGAGCCCAAAAAAUCCGAUCCAAAAAGCUCUCGGUGCUGAUCCAUAACUCUGAUGAGCACAAGGACAUCCCGAGCUGCUCUGUGGAAGUUCACUUCCAAAAGAUCAUUGACAAGGAAGGAGAUGAUUACGAAGUCAUUCCUGACAGCAAAUUCUGUGUCUCUAGAACUGCCUUUAGAGACAAUUCUUCCACCUACUACAUCAAUGGCAAGAAAAAGACAUUCAAAGAUGUUGGGCUGCUUCUCCGAAGCCAUGGGAUUGACCUGGAUCAUAACAGGUUCUUAAUUUUACAGGGGGAGGUGGAGCAGAUUGCCAUGAUGAAGCCCAAGGGGCAAACGGAGCACGACGAGGGGAUGCUGGAGUACCUGGAGGAUCUGAUCGGCUCGGCGCGCCUCAAGGAGCCCAUCCACACCCUGUGCCGCCGGGUGGAGCUGCUCAACGAGCGCCGCGGGGAGAAGUUAAAUCGAGUUAAACUGGUGGAAAAAGAAAAAGAUGCCUUGGAAGAGGACAAGAAUAAAGCCAUUGAGUUCCUUUGCUUGGAAAAUCAAAUAUUUAAGGAAAAGAAUAAGAUGUGUCAAUAUUACAUCCACGACCUAAAGAAACGUAUAAAUGACCUGGAAAUGCAGAAGGAGAAAAUUAAUGAAGAAACUAAAGGUAUUAAUGAGAAAAGCAGUAAACUUGCAGAGGAAACAAAAACCAAGAAUAAAACUUUGAAAGAACUUGAAAAGAAAUCCAAUAAAAUUACAAAGAUAAUAGAGGAAAAUAAAGAAAAAUUCAGUCAGUUGGAUUUGCAGGAUGUGAAAGUGAGGGAGAAACUCAAACAUGCCAAGAGCAAGGCUAAAAAACUGGAGAAGCAGCUUCAAAAGGACAAGGAAAAGGUGGAGGAGCUGAAGAACGUCCCCUCCACAAGCUCCAAGGCCAUCGAGGACGCCACGGCCAAGAAGGAGCUGCUGGCAAAGGCCAAGGACAAGGAGGAGGCCAAGCUCAAGCAGGUCCUGGCCAGCCUGCAGGAGGAGACCAAGGGAAUCCAGAAGGAAAAAGAGGGCAAGGAGCAGGAGCUGAUGGAGUUCAGCAAGGAGGUGACCGAGACGCGCUCCAACAUGGAGAUAGCGCAGUCAGAGCUGGAGCUCUACCUGAGCAAGUACAACUCUGCCCUGGCCCAGCUCAGCCAGGCCCAGGAGGCCCUGGGCAGCACCUCCAACACCCUGAAGGAGAGGAAGGCUGCCAUCAAAGACAUCGCUGGGAAACUACCCCAGGCUGAGCAGCAGCUCAGGGAGAAAGAGAAUGCUCUGGAGAAGCUGGGAAGGGAAGAAUCCGGGACCAAGGAUCUCGUGCGAAACCUGCGCCGAAAAGUAGAGGAAGCCAAAAGUUCUUUAGCACAGAGUCGCAGCCGAGGAAAAGUGCUCGAGGCUCUGCUCCAGCAGAAGAGAUGUGGGAAUAUUCCUGGCCUCUAUGGAAGGCUGGGAGACCUGGGGGCCAUCGAUGACAAGUACGACGUGGCCAUUUCCUCCUCGUGUGGAGCCUUGGAUCACAUUGUUGUGGACACCAUUGACACUGCCCAGGCCUGUGUGAACUUCCUGAAGGCUGGAGGGAUUGGGGUUGCCACCUUCAUAGCCCUGGACAAGAUGGCUGUGUGGGAAAAGAAAAUGCAGAAAAUCCCAACUCCUGAGAACGUGCCGCGGCUCUUUGACCUGGUGAAGGUGGAGGACCCAAAGGUUCGCCUGGCCUUCUACUUCGCUCUCAAGGACACUCUGGUGGCCAAAAACCUGGAAGAAGCCACCAGAAUAGCAUUCCAAAAGCAGAAAAGGUGGAGGGUGGUAACCCUGCAAGGAGAAAUCAUCGAGGUGUCAGGAACCAUGACUGGUGGGGGAGGAAAAGUCAUGAAGGGCAGAAUGGGCUCCUCAGUCGUGAUGGAUAUCUCAGAAGAAGAGAUCAGCAAAAUGGAAUCCCAGCUGCACAGGGAUUCCAAAAGAGCUGUGCAGUGUGAGGAGGAGAAAUCCCAGCUUGAGGAAGCCAUAAAGAAACUGCAGCAGGAGAUCCAGGAGAUGAGGAACACCUCGCAGAAAUACACAGCCAGUAUCCAGGGAUUUUCUGAGCAAGAAAUUGCUCUCAAAAAUCAAAUCAAGGAACUCGAAGCCAACGUCGCUGCUGCUGCUCCAGACAAAACCAAACAGAAGGAGCUGGAAAAAGUCCUUGAUGGUUAUAAAAAAGAGUACGAGCGCGUGGCUGAGCGGGCCGGCAGGAUGGAGCAGGAGGUGAAACGGCUGCACCAGCUCAUCAUGGACACCAACAACCAGAAACUGAGGGCUCAGCAGGACAAGAUUGAUAAGAUUGACAAGGAGAUGGAUGAAUGUUCCUCUGCCAUCACCAAGGCCCAGGUGGCAGCCAAGACUGCAGACAGGAACCUGAAGAAAUCCGAGGAGGCUCUGCAGCGCACGGAGAAGGAGAUGGAAGAGAACGAGAAGGAAAUGAAGAAACUGACAGAAGAGCUGACAACGCUGGAGGAGAAAGCCACCGAGGUGAUGAACGAGUGCAGGCAGGCUGAGGAAGCUUUGCCAGCAGUGCAGGAGGAGCAGAAGAAUUUACUCGAGGAGAUGAAAACUAUUCGAGAUGCUGAACAUGCCCUUCAAAAUGAAGCUCUGAGCAUCAAGCUGAAAAUUGAACAAAUUGACAACCACAUUUCCACCCACCAGGGGAAGGUUAAAUACUGGCAGAAAGAGAUCUCCAAGCUGUCCCUGCACGCCAUCGAGGGCGAGGCCCCCGAGGAGCUGCGGCUGCUGAGCCACGAGGAGCUGGAGGCGCUGCAGGAGCCCGACGCGCUCAGCAAGAAAAUCGCGCUGCUGGAGGCACAGCGCCACCAGCUCCGCCCCAACCUGGGCGCCAUCGCCGAGUACAGGAGCAAGGAGGAGCUGUACCUGAAGCACGUGGAAGAACUGGACAACAUCACCAGCGAGAGGGACAAAUUCAGAGAGGCCUUUGAGGAGCUGAGGAAACAGAGGCUGAAUGAAUUCAUGGCAGGAUUUAAUGUCAUCACCAACAAGCUGAAGGAGAACUACCAGAUGCUCACGCUGGGAGGGGAUGCUGAGCUGGAGCUUGUGGACAGUCUGGAUCCCUUCUCAGAGGGAAUCAUGUUCAGUGUCCGGCCUCCCAAGAAAAGCUGGAAGAAAAUCUUCAACCUGUCAGGAGGAGAGAAGACCCUGAGCUCCCUGGCACUGGUGUUUGCCCUGCACCACUACAAACCCACCCCUCUGUACUUCAUGGACGAGAUCGACGCCGCCCUCGACUUCAAGAACGUCUCCAUCGUGGCGUUUUACAUCUAUGAACAAACCAAAAACGCCCAGUUCAUCAUCAUCAGCCUGAGGAACAACAUGUUUGAGAUUGCAGAGAGAUUAAUCGGGAUUUAUAAAACCCAGAACACCACCAAAAGUGUGGCCACCAGCCCCAAAAUCCUGUCUGUGAAAGGACUGGAGGAACUUGGCCUCCCUGCCUGCGGUGUAUCCCAGAGUUAGGGAAGAAGCAACUCCCAGCCCCAUGGCUGCUGUUUAUUUUUAUCUGAUCUCAUUUUGUAUCAUAGACUUUGUUUGGUUUUGUAAAUUCUAAAUAAAUGUCGUAAAAAUUUGAUCUUGUUAAUAUUAACCCAGCAUUGAUAAAUUUUUGAAUGUCAUGUAAAAAUUGAGGAAAGGGAGAUAUAAAUUGAUGAAAAGAGAGACUGCAUCAGGUUGGGCAGGGGCAGCACCAGAGACAGCAAUUUAAGGAAUCAAUGUAAUUUACUAUGAUGCAAAACUGCCAGGAGUUAGGGGAGAAGCUCAGCAAUGCACCUGAUCUUUGAUCUUUGGCAGAGAAUUCCAGCAGGGGAAGCUCAGCAGUGCCCCUGAUCUUUGGCAGAGAAUUCCAGGAGGAUGUUAAGGACCAAAUCCCACAGUUGUGGAUGAAGGCAAAGCUCACCUCUUCACCUGAAGUGGAUCAGGACUUCAGCUCAGAGGAAAUCCAUGCAAUACAGAAAAGGAAUGAUACAGAAACAGAACAAGUGUAGAGCUUUAACAAUCCAGCUUUUAAGUAGGAAUUAAAAAUAAUGCUGGAUUGCUGCACGAGGUUUUCAAUCUAAUGGAAGCAGUCAGGAAGGAUUCUCCUGCACAGCUCUGCACUCUGGCCUGCAGGUAGGUGCAGGAAUCCUGAUAAAUCCACAGCAGGAAUUCCCAGAGGCAUGCCAGAGCUGGGAUGGUGCCAGAUGAGAUUUUGGGCCAUCAGGAAGCAGCAGAGAGCCUGUGGUUCGGUAAGAGCAGCCCAGAGUGCAGAUGCUGCUGCUUGCCUUCCAGAGCAUUGGCUUUUGUGAGCCAGGUGUCACUUUGGGGUGUGGAUCUCGUGCUCCUGCCCGCUUUCAGUUGCAGACCACGUGUCCUGCAGCACCUUCUCCAUCCCAGGAUGGAUCUCCCCAGGUUCAGGCUCUGGGAGCUGCCUCAGUUUGAGGGUGUGGAGCCACAGCAGCAGCUUGUUCAUCUCCAGGACUCCUCCUGAGGAGCCAAGAGCAGCUCCUUCAGCUCACUCUUCUACCUCCAGUUUUUCCACCUCCUCCAUGAGGGGAUGGCAUUUCUCCAAGAUGCGGCUGUCAAAUUCAUCCAGUGCACUCAGCAGAGCUUUUUUAUGCUCCGAGGUAUCACCAAGUUCGUUAAAAUACUGCAGCACAGCUUCCCUGCCAGAGCCUCUCGGAGCACGAGAUCACCUUGGAGCGGGACGGAUCCGUCAGCUGCUCCAGGAGCUGCCCUGGAGCCUCCCUGAGAACACCUUGGAGCAGGACGGAUCCAUC